AUGAUCAAAACGCAAAUCAACUGGCGACACGUCCCGUUCAGUCGGAUCUUCUACCUGUCCAUGAAUGCGCUGCAGUUGUUGGGAGGCAUCACGACUGUUAGUCUCUGCGGAUCCGAUUUAUCAGAGGGGUCUGUGGCCCAAGGAAGAACGGUCUUUACGCUCGUCGUCGCCGUGCUCUCCAUCAUCACGGCGCUGUCGUUCGCAGCCGAGGUUCUCAUCACCAUGCCGAGUCGUCUGUGGCUGGUGAUAGUUUUUCUAUGGCAAUGGAGCAUCGUGAGUAUGUGGGCCAUCGCCUCGGGUCUCAUGGGAGGCAUCUACCUGCCGCCCGGUCAGGCCAGAAUUCGUGCUGCACUCGGCUUUUCAUUCUUGAAUCUGAUUUUGUGGUUCGUCUGCUCCGCCGUUGGAACCUGGACCUGUUGCACUUCCGGGAGGCAGAAAAAGCAGAAGCAAAAGGAUGUUGUGGAGGGUGGGAAGGAGUUGUCAAUUAGGACUACAACGGAACCUACAGAAAGGGGCUCCCCGUGCUGA